GGCGCGAGCAGUAAGGCGAGCAGGCGCGAACUUUCAGAGCUGGAUGGUUACGCAAAUACGCUUUUAUUAUUAUUAAUAUUAAUCUUUUCCAACCCAAGGAAUAAAGAAACUGGACAGCGAUUAGGUUUACUUUAUCUCCAGGAUCCUUUUUAAGGAGCCAUGGAUUAUUUUACUGGGCAAACUUCUGCGAAACUCGCGUUUCUCAUCUUUACAGUGAUCAGCAGCAGUUGUGCUCUGUUGGAACGAAUGUUGGAACAUCCACCAGCACAUCCAGACACUCCUGACUCCAGUUCAAAAGAAGACAGUGAACUUUCCUACUGUGAUUUUGAAUCUUCAUGUUCUUGGACCUUAUCCAAUCACAGCACAGGAGAGGACUGGUUAGUCACAUCACCACAACAACACAGAGCCAAUAGAUGGGGUGUUCAACCAGUCAAAGAUUAUUCUACUGGAAAAUCUGAAGGUCAUUAUCUGUUACUAAAGCCCAGCUCAACUCAUGUUGGUAGAUGUAUUUUCCACAUCACCAGUCCUGUAGUGCAAACCAGUGGGCCAACGUGUCGCCUUCGACUCGCUCGCUAUCAACCAGAACCACACAGAGGAAAUCUCUCCGUCUUCGUGAAACAUGCCGACUCUUCUGACAUAACACCGGUAGCUGUUACGCUCAAGGAACAAGGAAGUGGCAGGGCACAGUGGGAUGUGCUGGAGGCUCUGAUUGGUCAGUCAGAUGAACCCUUCCGGGUGACAGUGCAGUACUCUUCCUGUAGAAGUCAUGAGGUCGGUUUUCUUGCGAUUGAUUCGCUGGAGCUGAUGGACUGUGUGAUGGGUGAUGAUGAUUUACGGUUGAAUCUAGACUGUGAGAAUCCUUCAUCUUUUCACUGCAAUAGCGGAAGCUGCAUUGAGCAACAAAGAGUGUGUGAUUUUCAUAUUGACUGCCCACUUGGGGAGGAUGAGGGAUUAAUAUGCAAUGCUUUACCUUUUGGCUCAUAUUGUUCUUUUGAGUCUGGCACUUGUGGAUGGUCUGCGUCUAAUUCCCAGUCCACAUGGAAACGAGUUAGCGGAGAACAGCUAUCUGAAAACAGUGAUCUACUGGGCACAAUGCUUCAAAACACUAAAGGGCAUUUUCUUUUCCUCAAGGUCAAAGGUCACGGUGAUGAAAGUGACGUGAUCCUUCAAAGCCCUGCUUUUCCCUCAACUAUAUCCAAUCAUGGAUGUCAGUUACACUUUUCCCUGUACCUUUAUGGAGACUUCAAUGGAACGGUUGUUGUUUCUGUGGUAGAAAAUGAAACCUCAUCACCUUCGCUUGUGUGGGAGAAAUCUGGAAAAUGGAAAGAUAGUUGGCAGGAUGUCAAUCUGCAGAUAACAAAGAUCUUAAAUGGGUUUUAUAUUACAGUGCAGACGUCAUGGACAUCUGGCUCAAAGGCUGACAUUGCACUAGAUGGUAUUUCAUUAAGUGCGGGAUGUUUUGAAACAGAUUUAAAUAAAUACCGUUUGGAAAAAAGGGCUUCAAGACUCCAGCUAACCAAAGACCAUAAUUUGGACUCCAACAGUGAUUUAGAUGACAACAGCCCUUUACCGGAGCCCUUUGCAUCAGAUGUGUCCCUAAUGACAUGGUUGUUUACCUCCUGUGGAGCAAGUGGACCUCUAGGACCGACUCAAGCCCAGUGUGACAGCGCUUACCGCAACACCAACAUCAGCGUGGUGGUGGGAAAGGAAAGCCCUCUCAGGGGUGUUCAGAUGUGGAGGGUGCCAGCUACCCAAAUGUACAAGAUUUCAGCGUAUGGAGCCGCAGGUGGCAAAGGAGCAAAGAACCAUAACAAGCGCUCACAUGGUGUAAUCAUCUCAGCUAUCUUCCCUCUGGAUGCAGGAGAAAUACUCUACAUCCUAAUUGGUCACCAAGGGGAAGAUGCCUGUCCAGGGAGAAACGACCUUACGCAAAACAUUUGCCUGGGCGAGUCUUCUAUUAUCGAAGAUGGGUUGGACGGUGACGGUUUAGCUUUGGAGGUGGCAGGGGGUGGAGGUGGCGGUGGGGGAGCUACUUACAUUUAUCGAAUGGAGAACGGGGAAGCAGUCCCUUUGCUGAUUGCGGCAGGAGGGGGAGGAAUGGCCUACCUGGAGGACCCUGAAAGCAGCCUGGAGCAGAUGUUUCUGGAACAGUAUGAGAAUGAGAUGGCAGCCGCAGGUGUCAAUGGCAAAACUGGAGCUGCAGGUGGAGGAGGAGGAUGGAACGACUCAACUUCUGACUCCAGGGCAGGAAGAUCUGUCGUUGAAGGAGGGCAAGGGGGCUCAUCCUGUCCUCAAGCUCUGGAAAAGCUAGGAUGGGCUACAUCUGGAGGAUUUGGGGGAGGAGGUGGUGCGUGCACUGCUGGAGGGGGCGGUGGAGGUUACAGAGGUGGAGAUGCGCCACUUUCUGAUGGUAUCACAGCAGAUGGACAAGAUGGAGUCUCUUUUGUUCACCCCAUUGGGAAGAUAUUUCUUCAACCACUGGCAGCCAUGGAGAGUCAUGGAGAAGCUGAGAUCAAGGUGUAUCUGAAUUGCAGCCACUGUCAGACACAGAGUUGCAAGCGAGAUGAAGAUACUAAACUCAUCUUCUGCUUGUGUGACAACGAUGAGGUGCUUGCACCAGACAACAUCACCUGCUUAGUUGUUCCACUGGGGUCUCUGGCAGAUGGACCUCCCUCCCUCAUAUUUAUCCUGGCAGUGAUCGCGUCCACGGUAGUAACCGGUGUCGUUCUGACCUGCGCCAGCCUCACUCUCAUCUAUUAUCGUAAAAAGAACCACCUGCAUGCGGUCAGGAUUCGUCUGCAGAGCCCGGAGUACAAACUCAGCAAAAUUCGUUCUUCCACCAUUAUGACUGAUUACAACCCUAACUACUGCUUUGCUGGCAAAGCACCCUCACUAAAUGAGCUAAAAGAGGUGCCACGCAAGAACAUCACACUCCUCAGGGCAUUGGGUCACGGGGCCUUUGGCGAAGUAUAUGAAGGACAGGUGUUGGGCAUGAAAGGAGACAACACUGCUAUGCAGGUUGCUAUAAAGACUCUUCCAGAAAUCUGCUCCGAACAGGAUGAGAUGGAUUUUCUUAUGGAGGCCCUGAUUAUGAGUAAGUUUAACCAUCAGAACAUUGUGCGCUGUAUUGGAGUCAGUCUGCAGAUUUUGCCUCGCUUCAUCCUGCUCGAACUUAUGACCGGAGGAGAUUUAAAGAGCUUCUUGAGACUGAACCGACCCAGAACUAACCAGCCCUCUUCUCUGAGUAUGCUUGAACUGCUACACAUGGCAAGAGACAUUGCACUCGGCUGUCGCUACCUAGAGGAGAACCAUUUCAUUCACAGAGACAUCGCAGCACGCAAUUGCCUUUUGACCUGUCCUGGUCCAGACAGAGUGGCUAAAAUUGGAGACUUUGGAAUGGCUCGUGACAUAUACAGGGCAAGUUACUAUAGGAAGGGUGGUCGUGCCAUGUUACCAGUGAAGUGGAUGCCACCUGAAGCCUUCUUGGAAGGCAUUUUUACCUGCAAAACUGACACUUGGUCGUUCGGGGUACUGCUGUGGGAGAUUUUCUCUCUUGGGUACAUGCCUUAUCCGUGCAAGACCAAUCAGGAAGUAUUGGAAUUUGUAACAGGGGGAGGUCGUAUGGAUCCUCCUAAAAACUGUCCGGGGCCAGUUUAUCGGAUUAUGACACAGUGUUGGCAACAUUGUCCAGAGCACCGACCGAACUUCACCACCAUUUUAGAGAGGAUCAACUACUGUACACAGGACCCUGACGUCAUCAACACUGCUCUUCCAGUGGAGUACGGUCCGGCUCUGGAAGAAGACAGUAGCACUGUUAUCCACCCAGAUGGAUCUGUUCGCAUGAGUCCUCUACUAGCCGGGCACUCUAUCUCUCAAGAUGCUUGUUCCCAAACAGGAAUCUCAUGCCAAUCUCCACAGGCCCUCAAGCCACAUUUGCAGCCACAAAGAACACCCCAGCUUGCACACGAGGUAGGAACGUACCAUGAACCACUGGAGCAAUGUUGGGCUGAGUCUGGUGCCUGUCCUGGACAAUGGCUUCAGGUCCCAGACCACCGACCGUGCUCCAGAACCAGCUCAUCAUCAGGUAGCCAGAAGCUGAAGAACAAGACUAAAAAUCUGUGGAACCCCACCUACGGUUCCUGGGUUCUGGAGAGCAUUGGUAGAGGCAAAACAACCCUGUCCCACACACAGUCCAUGCCUCCAUCUUGUAACCCUCCAUCAACCACUGUUUCAGCCUGUACUUCAGAGUGCGUUGAUCCAGAAGUAGCUGAUGCAAUCGUUUCUACGCCCAAAUGUCCGCCUCCAUCUGCCACGUCCUCCCCGACCGCCUUUAAACCUAAGCGUCCUCCAUCAAGCUUGGCUUCUCGGAAAGGUGCAGAAGUAUCUACAGGAGGCUCGCUUGCUGCGGUUAUGGACUUGGCAAAACUCCAGAGCUUCCCGUGUGGCAAUGUAAACUAUGCUUAUGACGAGCAGAGCUAUGAGUCGGAGAGCUUGCCCGUGCUAGGGGCCAAUGCCGUGGAGCCCAGCACUACAUCUUCACUGGCUGCUCUAGGCCUGGCCACAACCAUAACCCAAAAGCCUCUGGUCAAGCGGCACUCUAGCUAUGGACAUGAGGAUGUCAGAAGGUACACCCAACUUGAGAAUCCCAUGAGGGACAGAGAUUCUGGCUUUUCACUGUCGGAGGACCUCAGUGUCACCUCGGUGUAACAUUGCAGAAAGGACUUGGACAGCAGUAGAUAUGGAAAAACACCCAGCACCUCAUUUUGUUUGGCCCUAAACUUUUAUCAGAUUUUUGGUGUUUUGUUUUAAUGUGUUGAUGCUAGUUGCCAUGUAUUAGCUAGAAGCCGAAUGUCAGGUUAGUACUGCUAGUGGAUGAUCGUAAAAGAGAGUGUUGCUUUUGUGGGUUACCAAAAACACCAAAGACAUAGAGAGUCGGUGUAACUAUUUUCUCUCUCUUCUUAAAUGCUGAUGGUUUCUAUGGAAACUUGGCUAAUAGCAGCCCCUUUACACUGGAUUCUCAUCUGUUGUCUACACUGUGAAAACACAUUAGGUUCACUUUAUGGACCCUCUUAAAUGACAAAUCCUACGUGUUUCUGUUUUCUACUGAUUAAUCGUUAUUAUUACUGCGUAUAUAUGUAAGUUUAAAGGUGCAAUGUGUAUUUUUUAGAAGGAUCUAUUGACAGAAAUGCAAUAUAAUAUACAUAACUAUAUUACAGGGUGCGUUUCGUCUCCCCCACGCACAGCUUAGUGACGCCGUUCUAAAAAACAGAACACAUUGUUUUUUAUGAGUGUACGCACACAAGCGCCGCUGUGACUCAGGACACUGCUCAAAUCCCUGUCACGCCACAGCACCACUCACAUAGUUUACCAUUAAAAAACAUCAUAU